UCCCUUCUCUCCCUGGUUCAGGUAGGAUGAGAUCCAAAAGCAGUGGGGUGGACACCCCAGCCAAUGGGGUACUUGGAGUUCCACAGGGUGACCAAGAACAGGAAGUGAGCCUGCCUGUGAAGACCCUGAAGGCCAAAGUCCAGCAGAAAGAUGGUGAGGAAACAGUGGAGGUCGAGGUGAUCUCUGACAAAGACAAACCGCUGGAUUCCUCCAAGGCUGGAGAUAAAAGACAGCACAUCAUGGAUCUGUCUAAAGAGGAUUUGCUGACACUGUUGGGAAUCAUGGAAGGAGAGAUUCAGGCCCGAGAGGAUGUUAUCUGCAUGCUGAAGUCCAAACACAGUUCCCCAGAAGCGCUUGAGUCGCAGUACGGCUCCGCGGUCCCUGGCUCGGCCCUCCAGGCCCUUCAGAGAGACGGCGUCAUCACAGGCACCAAACCACACAACCACAUUGUCUACCAGAAACCGAUGGCUGAGCUGGAGCGUCUGCAGGAGAAGCACAAGGAGGCGUACCGGCGGAUGCUGGGUCAGCUGCUGCUCGCAGAAAAACUGAAGAAGUUGCUUGAGAACGAGAAAGCCUACCAGCUCAGAAAGGAGAACGAACACGCCAAACGUCUGGGCAAGGUGCGAGAGGAGCUGGUCAAACUGAAGUCUUUCGCCCUGAUGUUGGUGAAUGAGCGGCAGCAGCACCUGGAACAAAUAGACCAGCAGAGCCAGCGGGUCCAGGAGCUCAGCCAGCAGCUGCAGCAGCGUGAGCAGGCUUUAAGUGAAGCCAGGCAGCGUGCUCAGGAAGAUGGACACAGGGCGCUGAGCCUCGAGGCCGAGCUUAAAGAGAAAGCCGACAAGCUCAAGCAACAACACGAAGAGAUGAGUGCCAAGCUAGCCGGUCAGGAGCUUCUCAAUCGUCAACUAAAUACAAAACUUUCAGGCCUCACGAAUGAGGUUGCGGAGCUGCAGGAAAGCAACAGAGCACUGAGGAGAUCUGAGGAGGAACUGCAUGAGCUAAGGGAGAAGAUCAGCAGAGGGGAGUGUGACAACUCAAACCUGAUUGCUGAAUUAGAGAACUUGAGAAAACGAGUGCUGGAGAUGGAAGGAAAGGAUGAGGAGAUUACUAAAACAGAAAAUCAGUGUAAGGAGCUACGGAAGAGGCUACAAGAGGAGGACAAUAAGAGUAAAGACCUCAGACUGGAAGUGGAGAAGCUCCAAAAAAGAAUCAUGGCAUUGGAAAAACUCGAGGGAGCAUUUAGCGUUAGCAAAGCCGAGUGUGCACAGUUACACGGCGCUCUAGAAAAAGAGAAGGGCCUGACCAAAGAGCUUUCAGACGAAGUUGUAGCUCUCAAGAUUCGUAUGAAAGAGCUUGAGUCAUCUGAGAUAAAGCUGGAAAAGUCUGAGCUGAGCCUUAAGGAUGACCUCAGUAAGCUUAAAUCACUCACCGUCGCAUUGAUGGAAGAACGAAAGACGCUGAUGGAAACAGCGAAGUCAUGUGAGGAGAAAAAGGACGAUUUAAGCAACAUGGUCAAAGCUGAGCAGAGUAAAGUUAUGGAAGUGACCGAGAAGCUGAUAGAAGAAAGCAAAAAGCUCCUAAAAUUGAAAUCAGAGAUGGAAACCAAAAUAGAGACUUUAACGAAUGAAAAGGGGGAGCUUAGCACUAAGCUAGCUUGUGAAAUUGAUAAAACUAAGGACCUUAGCUCUAAAGUCAACCAAAUGAAAAAGAAGUUAGAUGGAUUUGAGCAAGCAGAAAAACUUUCCGGAAAGAAUUCAGUGAAAUGUGAUGUGCAGAGAACAUCUGAGCCCAUCAUCAGAGACGACAACAAAGUUAAGGAGCUGACGUUUGAAAUCGAGCGCCUGAAAAACCGUCUCAAACAGCUCGAAGUGGUAGAGGGAGAUCUUCUCAAGACGGAGGAUCAGUACGACAUGUUGGAGAAAAGGUUCAUGAGCGAACAGGACAAAGCCAACAUUCUGUCCCAGCAGGUGGAGGAAAUGCGGACUCAGAUAGCGCGGAAUAAAGCGAUCGAGAAAGGAGAGGAGGAAAGCCAGGAGGAAGAUCUGCGUCAACGUUGCAAGAGAGAGGAGGCCAGAACCAGGGAACUGCAAGGCGACGUGGUAGCGCUCAAGGAGAAGAUCCACGAACUCAUGCACAAAGAAGACCAGCUUUCUCAGCUCCAAGUGGACUUCUCCGUCCUGCAGCAGAGGUUUGUGGAAGAAGAAGAGAAAGCCAAGAACAUGAGCACUGAAGUUUUCCAUCUCACCAAAGAACUGGAGAUGGCUAAGCGUCAAAGUCGAGCGCUGCGACCCAGCUUGAAUGGGAGAAGAAUAGUUGACGUGGCGGUGACGUCCACUGGCGUGCAGACAGAAGCGUCGUCCUCCGAGCCAGCAGAGGAGGACACCCCGGCUGGCUUUAUAAGAAAGUCUGUUCAAGAAGAGAACCACAUUAUGAACAACUUCAGACAGAAGUGCCUGAAGAAGCCAGCAGAGAAAAUGGUCGUCAGGCCGGUGGCCGCUGUCACAGAGAGCAAGGAAAUGACCUUAUCGACUGGGACAGUUUUGCGCUCGCCUCGUCAAAUCACCACCACGACUACCAGGAGCACGCAGAGCAAAGUGAUGAGCAGCAUUACAAUUUCUCCUGUUACGUCCUCCUCUUCCAGAUCGACACAAGGCAUGACCGGGCACGAUGCCCAGCCGCCGCGCUCAGGGCUGACCCGCAUCCCAAUGUCCAAGAGCCUGAAGACGGGAAAGGCUGCGCUGGGAUCCCUGGGGGUCUCUGGUGGAGUGAAACUGGAGUCGCGGGCUGAGAGUCAGUCUAUGAGGAUAGAAGUUAAGAAAUCCAGCGUGAAUAGCAGUAGUUUACAGAAUGGAGGAAAAGCCUGAGAGACACAGUACCAAACGUAUCUACAUGGUGCUUCAGAGAGAUUCAUAGUAAAAGCUGUGGUGUUUGACUACAACUCAACUAUAGUUUACAAGGCAUUUCUUUAUUAUUAUUAUUAUUAAGCAGGAGACUGAUUUUAUACUUUUUAUAAGGUAUUUUCUACUUCUUUACUUCUUAUUUGCAUUUCUGCCAUUUAGACUGAAACAUCCAUGAUUUGUUUUGUUGUUUUUUACCGUGUGUUGUGAUGGGCAUUUGGUUAAGACUCUGCUGCUAUCAAUGGCUUCUUUCUUGGGGUGGAUAUUUAAUCUAUAAUGAGUUUAUUUGUUUUAUAUUAGACACAAAAAGUACACAAUUAUGUGAAGAUUUGGUGCAUUUCUAAAGGAUUUGUAUUGAAAAUAUUGUAAAUAAAAGUGAUAUUAG